AGUGAAACACCAUUUUUCACAAAAUUUAAAUAGAAUUUUAUUGAAAUAAUAAAAAAACGAGAAAAAAACGCAAUGAAUAGCUCUCAAUUCUUUUCUAUUAUCCUUGGCAUUCUGUUUAUUAUUUUUAUAUGUUCAGAUGCACAGACAACUGAUCCUGAUACACUUAAACCACUGAAGGAUAUAAAAACAGAGUUGGAACAAUUAAUGAAUGCUCUGAAUGAUUAUAAAAAAUUAACAGAUGACGCAAAAACAAAAGAUAAUUCAGAAAAUAAUGUUAAAACAAAACUAUUAAAACUUAUUUCGGAUACAAACGACAUCUAUAAAUCUGUACAAUCAAACAUUGAAAAUUCCAUAAAAUCUCAUGCUGAUUCUUUUGCUGAAUACGUAUCGAAAUUAAAUGCAAUUGAUUUAGAAAGCUUGUUAAAAAAAUUUAAUGAUCUAGAUAAUUUUGCUAAUUUUAAAAUGGAUGCCCAAAAUAAGGUUUACGAGAAUUUUAAAAAAGUGAAAGAAAUUACUGCAAUAAAAGAAAAGUUGGAUAAACUAAAAUUAACUGAACCUAUAAGAAUAAUAAAAGAUUUAUUGAAAAUUAUCAAUACACUAACACCAACAACAACAACAACAACAUCAACAACAACAACAACUCCUGCUCCAAACGAGAACUGCUGUUGCAAGCCAGAUUGUGAUAAUAGUGGUUGUAGUUGCGACUCGAGCAGUAGCAGCGAAUCAGAUUCCAGUUCUAGCGGUUCCAGCAGUAGUGAGUCUGACGAAUGUUGCGAUUGUUCAAAACAUUCACGGAAAAAGUGCAAAACAAUUAAAUGUUGUUAAAAUGAGUAAUUCUAAAAAUUAUUCUUUAUCAAUAUUUUAUUUUGUACAAUAUUAAUACAAUAUUUUUACUCUAUAUGCGAAUAUAUUAAUGUUAUGAUAAUGAAUUUUUUGCAAAUUUUCACAAUAUAGAUUUAAAUUUAUGCAGAAAAAUUGUACUUUAUCCAUAGUUAUUAGUUAUUAACAAAUUUAUUAAUUACAAUGUAACGAAAAAAGUAUUCGUGAUAGAAUAAAAUUUACUAACCAUUGAAAAA